AACAUACACUUUCAUUUCACUUCAACUUCCGAAAAACAAGUCUCGUCUUCUCUUACAGACAAACAACACCCACACAAAGAUAAUUUGUCUCAAUAGUUUCAACUUGUCAGAAGAGUUUUACCGUCGGAAAAAAUGCCGGCAGGAGGGUUUGCGGCGGCUCCGGCCACUGGAGUGGAGUUCGAGGCCAAGAUCACUCCCGUCGUCAUCAUUUCUUGCAUCAUGGCUGCCACCGGUGGCCUCAUGUUCGGUUAUGACGUCGGAGUUUCCGGGGGGGUGACAUCGAUGCCGGAUUUCCUGAAGAAGUUUUUCCCGGUGGUAUACAGAAGAACACAAGAAGGAGCAGACAUAAACAGCAACUACUGCAAAUACGACAACCAGGGGCUUCAGCUCUUCACUUCGUCUCUCUACCUCGCCGGCCUGACGGCCACGUUCUUCGCCUCGUACACGACGAGGAGGCUGGGACGAAGGCUGACGAUGCUGAUAGCGGGAGUGUUCUUUAUCAUAGGUGUCGUGCUGAACACGGCAGCUCAGGACCUAGCCAUGCUCAUCAUCGGCCGGAUCUUGCUCGGAUGCGGCGUAGGGUUUGCGAACCAGGCGGUGCCUCUGUUCUUGUCGGAGAUUGCUCCGACCAGAAUCCGAGGUGGUCUUAAUAUUCUCUUUCAGCUUAAUGUCACCAUUGGUAUCCUCUUCGCCAGUCUCGUCAACUAUGGCACCGCCAAGAUAAAGGGAGGGUGGGGAUGGAGGCUGUCGCUAGGGCUCGCCGGGAUUCCGGCGGUGCUCCUGACCGUCGGAGCUCUUUUCGUCACCGACACGCCCAACAGCCUCGUCGAACGCGGUCGCCUCGACGAAGGUAAGGCCAUCCUUCGCCGCAUCCGAGGCACCGACAACGUCGAAGCUGAGUUUGCCGAUCUCCUCCAAGCCAGUCGUCUCGCCAAAGAGGUCAAGCAUCCUUUUAGAAACCUCCUCAGACGAAGAAAUCGGCCUCAGCUCGUCAUCGCCGUCGCGUUGCAGAUAUUCCAGCAAUUCACGGGCAUAAACGCCAUCAUGUUCUACGCUCCUGUCCUAUUCAACACGCUCGGUUUUGGCAACGACGCCGCUCUCUACUCCGCUGUGGUCACCGGCGCAGUGAAUGUGCUUUCCACCGUCGUCUCUAUCUACUCCGUUGACAAAGUCGGCCGGCGAAUGCUUCUCCUUGAGGCCGGUGUUCAGAUGUUCUUAUCUCAGGUCGUCAUCGCCAUCAUCCUCGGCAUCAAGGUGAAAGACCAUUCCGAAGAUCUGCACAAAAGUUUCGCCAUCCUGGUCGUGGUCUUGAUCUGCACGUUCGUCUCAGCCUUUGCCUGGUCUUGGGGCCCUCUCGGGUGGCUCAUCCCCAGCGAGACCUUCCCUCUCGAGACUCGGUCCGCCGGCCAGAGCGUCACGGUCUGCAUCAACUUGCUCUUCACGUUCGUCAUAGCUCAAGCCUUCCUGUCGAUGCUGUGCCAUUUCAAGUACGGAAUCUUCCUCUUCUUCUCGUCGUGGGUUCUGGUGAUGUCGGUUUUCGUGCAGUUUCUGCUUCCGGAGACGAAGAACGUGCCGAUUGAGGAGAUGACAGAGAGAGUGUGGAAGAAGCAUUGGUUCUGGGCUAGGUUUAUGGAUGAUUACGCCAUUAACGGUGAAGUUAACGGAAAGAAGAGCAGCAACGGCAACACGAAAGGCUCCGACCAUUCCUCUGUGGUAAAUAUACAGCUGGGAUUGGGUUUGGAUUUGUGAAGCUGAGUCCCUGAGUAUAAUUCGUGUAAUGUAAUAUUCUUCUCUCUUUUAACCAGUCGAAACAAUUACAUCAACAAAAUACAAAUACAUUAUCCAAGAUUAAAUGGAUCAAAACAAGUUCGAAUCUU